AUGGGUUUCGAGGAAAAAGUUGUAUUAAUCACUGGAGGAAGUAGCGGUAUUGGUGCUGAUGCUGCAAUUCAUCUGGCCAAAUUGGGUGCAAAAGUUUCAAUUGUAGGUAGAAAUGCAAAAAGACUCGAAGAUGUGGCAAAACAGAUUAAAAUUGCUGGCGGUUCAACUCCAUUGGAAAUUGUGGCUGAUGUGACAAAAGACGCCAAACGCAUCGUUGAUGAAACAAUUAAUCACUUUGGAAAAUUGGAUGUAUUGUUGAACAAUGCUGGAAUUACGAAUAACGGUCGAAUUCAAGACUUGAAAAUAAAAGAUUUUGAUCAUUUAUUCGAUAUAAACGUUCGAUCUGUCAUCAUCCUGACCCAACAAUGUAUACCACAUCUUGAAAAAACGAAAGGAAAUAUAUAG